AUGUUUUUGGUACAUGAAUUACCGCCCUCACCUCAGAUUUUGGAACCAAAGCAGCUACAGUCUCAAUGCCAUAUGCCUCAUCCAGAUACCUUGAGGUCCUCUCGCAAACGACAGGAGUCCGGGGAAUAUCUCGAUCGACAUCCGUCGAAAAGGCUGAAGCUCGACCAGCCUGCUUCAGCAUAUUGGGAUAAUCUGUCGAAGAUUUGGCUAACGAAGGACGCUCUCGAGGAGCUGGAUCGACGAAACGGGGUUUCUAGCAGCGUGCCAGAGUCGCCAUACUUCUACCACCGGCCAUUCACUCGACAGUUACAGACGAGACUUAAGCGUCGUUACAAGACACUUGCCCCCGAUCCCACAUAUAGUUGCAAACCCGAGAGCCUAAGAGAGAUUAAAAGACUCUCCAGACGAGGUGGACCUGAUCUGUCUGACCUCAGAAAUUUCCCAGAGCCUUGCUACCUGGCAAUGAGCACAAACAUUUCAGACCGCCGGAAGCGACGUGCAGGGACUCCUCCAGAGAGCAGCAAUAGCAACAAUAAGACCACAAAGACUACAAGCACUACUGCCUAUAACCGGAACUUUGAGCAGAAGUUGAUUGAUCAUGGCAUUUACCCCAAAGGCUACGAGUAUCCAGAUGGUCGAGUGCCUGCAAAGCCAAGUAAUUGGGAGGAGAUAAAGGAAAGAUUGGCCCAACCAAGACGCUCCCUCUCACCUUCUAAAUUUUCUGAAAGGGACUUUCAGAAAUUUGAACGAGCAGAUACCAAUGCAUCUAAAGAGAAGCCAGUGGCAACUUCUGUUAUACCAACUAUUGAUGGUGAUAUUAGUGACCGUAAAUGUGUUGGAGGAGACUACCCAUUUGGGAACCUCGCUCCCCUAACGGAUGGCACUUUGGCAAAUGCAAAACCAGAUCAUUUCUUUGGUGCUCGCCCUGAGCAGCUUAGCUCUAACAUCCGCGAUGAACUUAGCGAGUUUAUCAUUCCAUCGACCCAGACCUCCCUUCCAAUGGCUCCAAACUUCUUUCUGGAGACUAAAGGUCCAGAUGGAUCCCUUGCUGUUGCUACUCGGCAAGCUUGUUACCACGGUGCGCUAGGCGCUCGGGGCAUACAGAAGCUUCAAUCGUAUAAGCAAGAUGAGCCUGGCUAUGACAAUAACGCUUACACAAUUACAUCAACCUACCACGGCGGUCAACUCAAGCUCUACACAACACACCCCAUCGCCCCUCGAGAAAGCAAUGAGCACCCUGAAUACAUUAUGACCCAAUUGAAUGCCUGGAGUAUGGUUGGGAAUAUAGACGGCUUUCGGCAAGGGGCCUCUGCCUACCGGAAUGCACGGGAUUGGGCAAAAGAACGGAGGGAUGGGUUCAUCAACUCUGCAAACGAAAGACACACGCAACCUCCAUCUGAACCUCUCUUAUCUGAACGUGAGCCAACUUCUGAACCAACUGUUGUCCUGGAGGAUUCUGAUACAUCAGCCAUAUCUGAUGAAGCCGAAGUCCACGAUGCUGAGUGGAGUUUUGCACAUCCAAAUGACAGCGCUGGGGAUCAGGCUUCGAGCAAACAUACAAGAGCCAAGCCAACCAGUAGUACUAGCCGCAAGCCUCUCCAAAAUUAA